AAACUGUUUCUUUUUUUCUUUUCUUGUGGGGAGUUCUAUUAUAUACAUGUCGCAAAUGAGCGAUGUCUAAAGAGAUUUUCCCCGAGAUAAAUCGGGUCUAUAUAUAGUAUCCAUUUUUCUUUAUUUAUCAUUUCAGUGUCUAUUAAUUUUACUUUUGGUUUAAUUUGGCUUCUAAUUCCUAAAAAUUAAGAAAGAUAAGAGUAAGUUAAGCCGAAAAUUAAAAUUAAUAAAAAUGAACAUGAGGAUAAAGCGACGAGGAGGUAUAAAACGAUCGAGCGAAUUAAUUGGAAUUCCUCGCGUGAUGUCCCGCGCGCGGGAGACCUGAAAAUGAUCAUUCCUUAAAAUCCAAACGACAAGGUCUAGUCUCGAUACCCGCGGUGAACGCGUCUGAACGCGUCAUGCACACUUGACGCAUUCGCUCUGUUACUCCUACCUUCUACCCCGCCCGACCAAACCGACCCGCGCUUGUCCGCGCUCGCAGCUCUCACCGGCACGGGAGGAGGUACCGGAGAUACCGGAUACGCGCGCAGCUCGGUAUAUCCACGGCAUAAUACUCGGCAUUAUUCAUUGUCGGUUGUUGGUAGUACUCGCGGGUGUCCGAACAGACUCGGGCCUGUACUCGAUCGGGUACUUGGAUCGAAUUUUAAUCGCGUUGUCUUCAGGUUCGGCGCGCGCUGAGCCGCUUGAUACGGCGCGGCCGAGAGCCGUGACUUCGUUUCGCGAGGGUGUGGUGCGGAGAUAACGCGAGAUACGAUCGCCGAUAAAGGAAACCUGUGAUCACGUUCACGCCCUGGUCGUCGCGAAAGAAGAGGAGAACAGAUCCGAGCUCGUGACGAGGAGUCCUAGGUCCUGGACUCCCCCUCCUCUUGGUUGCUGCGAAUACAUUAAAAGCAUCCCGUCACAAAAAGGAAGGAUGUCGAACGUGGGUAAUUUGGAGCAGCAAAUCGCGAGCCUGCAGAUUGGCCAUGGCGAUGAGGCAGCCAAGAAUGUUGUCAAGCCUGGUAAGAAGAUCGGGCCCGCGGUGCCGCCGAAGCCGAAGAAAUCUCAGCCUCAGAUACCGCAAAGUUACACUAUAAAGACGCCGCCUGUGCCAUCGUACAGCACAGUGCUCAACAAUACGGCGUCAGGCGACAAGCCUUCCAGUCUGUACGUGAAUACAUCUUCGCCGUAUGUUCCACUGGACAUAAAGAACGACUUUUCGCAGAUAGAAUUGCCCGCUAAUGACAAGGAGGUGCCACCGAAGCUUUAUCAGAACAAUGAUAAUCUAUACGCGCGUCAGACGGAAGAAAAAUUUGAGCCGAAAUACAGAUACGACGAGAAGAAUUAUUAUUCCAACGUCGGGAACAUGCCAGCACCUCAGGUACCUGUGCCAGACGAUCGCGCGAAUAGAGCGACCAGGAAUGCGGUGUACAGCAAUGUAGAACCACCGGUACCCACGAUGGUCUCCGCAUACGAGUACCCAUAUGAAAUGGACAAAGAAAUUAUAUACAGCAACAUUCAGUGGGGCCCUAAAACAGAGAACACAUACUGCAAUGUUCCCGCUGCGCACUCCGCUGACGAUUUGCCACCACCACCGGAGCCGUCGGAAUACGUCUCCUGUGUACCCGGAAACUCAUUUCCACCGCCGCCCGACGAGUUGCCUCCACCACCGAGUCCUGUCUCGUCUAGUUAUAGCGAGUUGAGACGUGCCACUUAUCAAACCGAUUUUCCAUCGGGCAACUAUCCCGCCGAUAUCUAUGGUCCGAGUUCACAAUCCAGCUCGACGUACGAGUCCAUAUAUGAGCCAAUUAAUCCCAGACCGCCGUCACAACUCUCCUGUAAUUAUUCGAUGUAUUCUGGUUAUGGGUCGGCUGCGUCCACUCAACCGCAGGGCAAGGUGUCUCCCGUUAAAGAAGUGAGUCUCGGAAAUUUACCUGGCCAGGAUGAGACGGUACGAGUGGUGGCACUAGAUCGCAGUUUCCACAUUCAAUGCUACAAAUGCGAGGAUUGUGGAUUGAUAUUAUCAUCCGAUCAAGAAGGACGGGGUUGCUACCCUCUGGACGAUCACGUCUUGUGCAAAAGUUGCAACGCUACCCGCGUCCAAGCCUUAACGUCUCACAUGACGACCGAAUUAUAAAUUAUAGCUCACACAAUUCGAACUGGUGAAAUUCAAAUAGUAUGAAAGAAACGAAUCAAGUAUCAUUGUGAUUAACUGUAUAGCGAUAUAAGUACUGUUAUAUACACAGUGAUUAUGAAUUCUCUUUUUUACGGUUUCUCCAUUCCAUUGUUACUAUUCACAUCUUGUAUUUGAAAUCAAUAUCUGCUAUUCUAUUGUAUGAAGAGAGGUGAGAAAUCAUUUUCUUUACAUUUUAGCUAAUUAGCAAACUAAGAAAAUUAUAUUCUGUCCAUAUUUGGAUCUUUUUUACAAUUUGAAAUGAAAGACACGAGAUAUCAGACUUUAUAUUCUCUAUAUACUAAUCUUUAAUGCUUAUAAAGUAGACUAGGGCGCUAAAUUUCUCACGAUCACUGCCAUAACGGAGCAUUUGCAAUACGUUACAGAAUAACGAAUUAGAAAUAGAUAUAAGUUCGACGUCUGAAAUAAUUUUCCUGCAGAUGUGAUUAUUAUUGUGAUUCUAGUAAAGUAUUUGAUGUAUCGUAAAGUAUUUAACAUGUAGUAGUUCGUCGACAACAGAAGAAAGAGAGAAUACCGCUUCGAUCCAUUUAUUUAGAGAUAAAUCUUUAGAUUCAGGACGUAUUAUUCAGGAUUAUUAUUGACAAUAUAUCAGUGAGAGAAAACGUGCCAUUCUCUUCUGUUUGUAAUGUAAUUUGUUGUAACAAUUUUUUGCACUAUCUAAAAGGAAAGACAAACGCUCAAACUAAAACUUGACUUGAGGCGAUGCAGUUAUAGUUCUCGAAUUUCUUUCAUGGGUAAAAUAUUACAUUGAGAAGAGACUUGUAUGAUCUCUGUAUUAUAGUAUCAAUAAAAAUACAGUUUGUUAUUUAUGGCCAAA